UGUUUAGUAGUACUUUGUUUUCUUCAGAAGUUAAUUGUUUGCUAUUAUAGCGAUAUGAAGCGUCUAUGUUGUGCUGAAAACGGGAAUAUAGUCGAUGAAUCUGGGGACUUGGAUCCAACUCCUUUUCGUCGUACUUCAUGUAUCUCUCUCCAGUCAAGUGUCUCUCAGCUCCUCCACACCGUGCGCUCUAUUACAACACUCCUGUACAUACCAGCAUCACGACCACUCAUGAGCAGGACACAGCUGAAACCAUGGCACAAUCAAACAGAAUAAGCAGAAACUGCAUGACAGUAGUGAUGAAUUCCACAAUACAGGAUCAUCAGCUUGGAGCCAAGUCCAGAGCAGUCAUGAGCUGUGAGCUCAGCGCCAUGAACAAUUCGGUGACGCCGCUGAAACGAGCCACUGACACACCAGCAAAAGUCUUUGCCAGACUGAAGGCCAAAGUUCAGCGGCAAAUUUCCGAAGAACACAGAGAAGUCAAGGUCAUACACAGGCAGUUGGCUAGCGGUGACUUGUUAUCCACAAAUAUGCAGCAGCAGCCACCAGUUGAUGAUGCCACAUCAGAAGGACAGGAUACGUAUGUGCUGACACUUUCACCUCCUGAGUCCAUGAGUAGAAACUCAGAAUUAGAAGACCUCGAUAGAGAUGGAGGCCAUAACCUUGACGUGGUUCAUAAACCUGUUUUGGAGAGGGUGCUCCCUGAAAACUUUGCCCAGGUAAAUGCGCAGCAAAAGAAAACUGGGAUGAAUAGCACCAGUAAGUCCACACUUAUAAACCGAGCAUACGUGUUGCUGGAGCGCAUGCCUGAUGACUUACUUACUCAUCCAAGACUUGCAAAGCCAAUCCAAUCAAUGACUCAUGUCAAAAAUGGAAGUUAUCAUGGUGUGUUUGGUGAGAAGAGUGUAAGGGACGAUUCAGAAAGUACAGUAGAUGAUGACAGCAAUAGGGUGGAUACAGUGCAGAGAUUGGACAUCACUGCCCAAAGCCAGCCAGAGCCGCAGAGACCAGAGAAAACGUCUAACCGGCAGCGUAAGCUUUUAGACGCACCACCUCAGACCUUUCCUAAUCUGAUGGAGGAUUCUCUCCUGCAGCUUUCACCCCGCGUCUCCAUCCCCCGGAAGCAAAUGGCAGCAGUUAAUUCCAAACAGCAGACGAAAGAAAUGGAGAAAGCUCCGGAUGGAAGGACGAAUGUGAACGGGAUCCAUUUAAGAGAUUGGGUCUUGAAGCUACACAACAAAGAACUUAUUGUCGAUGGCAUUCGCAUGGACAACACGAUCCCUUGGCACAGUAGUUGCAUUACUGAGCGAGUUUCAAGUAACGUGGUUAAGACUGCGUCUGGUGGGACCUAUGUUCUCGUUGGAAAGAUGUCACACUACCACACAUCAUCAUUUCCUUCUUGGUUUAUGAAGAAGUUUCUUUUCGGCUUUCCGGAAAUGUGGAAGGAGUACCUGAAUAAAUUCUUGGCUGAUGAUGAAAGCAGAAAAAAUCGACAACGGAGCAGUUCUGCACCAUGUGAACCAAAAAAGAAAUGGCCCUCCAAAAAACCGAAAUCCAAACAGCUUGAGGCAAAGGACCUGCUGACCUCUGUUGGCUCUGCAGGCAGUGUGCAGCCUCAUAGCGCUCCAGUUUCCCGCAGUGGCCGGCUCAUCAAACCUCCUCUGGAAUACUGGAGAGGAGGCAGGAUCACUGUAGGGCCUGAUAUGAAUGUAACGGUCCAUGAGGAUUAUUCGUCAACCUCCGUUUUAUUGACGCCAAAAACAAGACCAGUGGUACUUUUAAAGUCACCGAAAUUGCCUAAAGAACAGCUUGAGGACAAAUCUCCUGUGACAGAAAUACAAAACAGCAGUGAUGAGGAUACUUUGGCACCAAGAAGACGUGUUAAACAACAUAAGUCUUGGAGGACUGAGGGAACCAAAGCAUGGGAAAAUGCUUCACAGAAGAAACCUCAGGAUGCUGUUUUCAGUUCUGACUCUGGGUCAGAAAAAGCCAUUGCCAAAGAACCUUCUCCUGAGCAAGUGCACCUGAGGAGGGGACGGUCAUAUUCUAGAGAGAGAAAUUCCAUGGGCUCGGAGUCUGAGGUGUCCAAGUUUGGUGCGUUUUGUAGUGCAGCUGAAGAUUGUGUUUCUGCAGUCCAGGCCCCUGAGGGAAAAAUUAAAACACGGCUCAACCAGAACCAGUUGCAGAGAGUAAUUCGGAGUGAGAAGCACUCCACUAAAUGCUCAGACUCUGACAUCAGUUCCACACAAUCUCAAGUUCAGAAAAGUGCAGAUUCAGAUCACUUAUUUACACCAAAAGGAAGAAAAAGCAAACCAGUUCCUCCGAUUGCUACCGUGUCUGAGACGGAGGACUCGGAGUUGUCUGUGCAGCAAGGUAAAGUGAGCAAUAAAAGGAAAACAAAGAGGCAAAAGAAGGUUCCACAGAAAUAUGAGAAUUACAUGAUGACUGAUGCUGGUGAUGAAAGUCCCGUUUCAGAGUCGAUUAGAGAAGAUGAAUGCAAGGUGUCUAGUCUGAAGAGGACGAGACGAAAGAAAAGCUCAGGAGCUUCUGAAAGGACAACGAAUGGGCAUGUCCUCCUGUUUGAUAAACAUCCUGAGCAAUCUAGAAAGACAGAUAAUCCUCAGCCUCCUCUGCCAGAUAACGUUGGCAAGAAACCAAAGCCAUCAGGAAGUAGUAAAACAAGCAGAAGAAACAACAAAAAGCAAACUGCAAAGCACCCUGAGAUCAAUCAAGACGUGCUCGAAGGAGCCUGGACUGAUGAAGAGCUGCAAAAACUUCAUGAGGCUGUGAUCUUAUUACCCAAGCACAAGAGUGGUUACUGGGUAAAUGUCUCAAUGGUAGUCGGCACACGCUCAGCUGAGGAGUGCCAGCAACAGUACACUGCGCUGUACCAAACUCGUGGACGAGCCAAAGGAAAAAACAAGUCAAAUGCUUCUAAAACGGAUGAACCAGCAAAAGAAACCGCUCCAAUUACUGCUAAGGUUGGAACACUCAAGAGGAAGAAACAGAUGUGGGACUUUUUGGAUCAUAUGCCAAAAGAUGAUCAUGAUGACGUCUUUUCUGGCUCACCAAUGCGUAAUAAACAAAUCAAGUUGCCUGUAUGGUCAACAAAUGGAGAUGAGCCAGAUUUUAACAACCUACAAAAUCCACAAACCCCCAUCUCAAGCAUGCUUUCUUCAGUGAAAACGCCUCAGUGUUUACACAUUACCCCAGGGAUGCUGCGCUCUGUCGACAGGGACAACAAUGAUAAGUAUAUUUACCACCUACGGAAGGUAAAAAGGCAGGGCAACCGGGGCAAGAAAGGCAGCCCUAAGGUUAAGCAGGACAAGAUCACACCUAUUCCAUCAGUAAAGAAAACCAAGAAGAGAUGUGUGGCUGAAGAUGAUAACUUUGUUGUUUGGAACAUGCUUUCUGAAAAGGACGGUCCAUCACUGAGAGGAGAAGAGGAGGAGGAGGAUGAUUAUUUUAUGGAUGAAUACUGAAAUAAUAUGAAAAUGGUCUGUAAUUACAAGCCUGUUUAAGUUGAACAGGUUGCCAUCGCAUUGUCUGUUUUGCAGGACAGUGUUUUGAUGUUAGUUUUAAAGGAAGUCUUUUAGGUAUAUUGUAAUGCACCAAGCAAAAUUUCCCUAUUUUUCUUAAGCAAGUUAGAUUACUGCGGCUGUCAACAUCCCAGCCUUCAGAAUCUGACAAUUUUUUGUAAAUAUUUACAUUAAGUAAUAUGAACUGUUUGACCUUUUUUAAUUUUUAGAACUGUAUAUUUGGUAAGGGUUUGGUAAGCAUAUAAUGACCAGCUAGUUAUUUACAUUUUUAAUUUAAAAAUUUUUUUUUUGGCUUGGCUUUCAUUUUGUAAAUCUACUACCGUUUAAAAAUUUCUGAUUAAAAAGAUGGUGUUUUUGUAAUUGUGAAUACUUUAAAAAAAAAAGUAAAAUAAUUUGAACAAAGUUGUCUUGCUCAUUGCAGAACUAACAAUGCAAUUAGCUUGAAGAGGAAUGGUGCAAAUUCAUCUGCACUGUGUAAAUUGAGACAACUAUCGCUUGCAGGUUUUUUUUUUUUUUUUUAAUAAAGGAAAUUGCAUCAGGUCCCGGUGGUUUCUGUGGGAGUUUUGCUUCUGUAGUCGACAGUUAUGUUGAAGCAUUUCUGACAAAUUUCACUUGAAUAAAUAAAGUAUUGGAAACACUUUUAAAA